AUGGCGAGCCUCCCAUCUUCCGGUCAGCAUGGCGGUGCUGGGCCCAACUACAAACGCGCCAGUCGCAAGGGCGCCCCGCGUCGCUUCCCUUGCGAUCAUCCGGGCUGUGAUAAGCUGUACUCGAGGGCGGAGCACCUUCAGAGACACCAGUUGAACCACAACCCCAAAGACAUCUUUGUCUGUGACAUCCCAGGUUGUGACCAAAAGUUCGUCCGCGCCGACCUGCUCUCGCGACACAGGAAGCGCCAUUCUUCCUCGUACAUACCGCGGAACCGCGCCCCCAGCUUCGGCACUUCUGUCGCCUCCGCAGCAGUCUCAUCGCCCACCUCGGCUGUUCCGCCUCGGACGACGUUCCACUUGCCUUCGUCCGGUGGGCCUCAUGACGCCGCCAUUCUUCUCACUCCCGACACGAACGCGACGCCCGCUCCGACGAUGGCCGCACCAAACCUCUCCAUGGCCCAACAGGUGACGAGGAUCGGCCAGCCGUCCACAUGGCCAUCCAUCGACGACAUGGCUGUCGAUAUCAUGCGCCCGAAGCAGGCGUCCCUGUCCGAAGCGCCGCCAAUCAUGCCGCCCUUUACCUCGGUUGGCUUUGAGUCCAACGAGGCAUUGUCAAGGGAGAACUUUGCCAUGUGGUUGUUCGACCCCCAGGCGACGUUCGCCGAGCUCAACGGUGUCGCCAAUCUGCCCUUUCUUGAAGGCGGCCUCGAGUCGACAUUCAACAACAACAUCCACUAUGACUACGACUCCCUCACGAGCCGGUCGCAGCUGGACUCUACCCCGCCACGCCAAGUGGAAGUCAGUGAUGGACUCAUCGGCGAGCAUCGCCGGCAAGAGAUCCUUCGAUGGUUUCAGGUUUUCCGACAGAAGCAGCCCAAGUACGAGCCGCGUAUCGUGAGCCUGGUGCAAGAGAGCGGCGGAGACCUGCCUGCUCUGAACCUGGACAUGAUGAGGGACUGUUUGAAAGAGUACUGGAAGAAUGUCUCGCCGAGGCUGCCCAUCAUACAUCAGCCAACCUUUUCAUCCAACCGCUGUCCCAUCUUUUUGUUGAUGGUCAUGAUUGCGCUUGGAGCCGCAUCUCUCAGCAGCAGGGACUCGACGGGCAAUCUGGAACAAUAUGGAGGGUUUGCUGAUGUCAUCAUUUCUAGCAUUCGAUGGGAAAUCCUCACCGCCGAGGAGGCCUCGCCCCCAGUGGGCUUAUACAUCGCCCAGUCGCUGUUGUUGCUCGAGUUUUAUGAGAAGAUGUUCUCAUCCAGGCGCAUGCACGAAAGGGCACACAUCUACCAUUCGGCUACUUUGACCCUCUUGAGAAGAGGUAGCCCCCUGAUCGGGAAAGGAGGCAGUGAAUCGCCCCCAGAAGAAGCAGCUCCUACAGCCAACGACGGGGUGUCGUCUGACUCGAGAACAUGGUGGGUCAGGUGGGCGGAGAGCGAGUCGAUGUACCGCGUUGUCUUCGCAGCCUUCAUGAUGGACGUGGUUCACGCAGCCAUGUUUGGACACGCUGCCAACAUGGCCCCUCACGAGAUCCGGCUCCCACUGCCGUGUGACGACGGCCUCUGGACCGCGCCGACUCCUGAUGCCUUCCGCCAUCUCGACGGGAACUACAGGAUGUAUGGCAUUAAGCAGGUGUCUUUCCUGGACGGGCUGAAAAGUGCCCUGCACGGCCAGGAAGUCAAGACGCACACGUUUGGGCGCAUGAUCAUCAUGUCGGGCCUGCUCAGCGUAGGGUGGCAUCUAUCCCACCGGGAAUCCCAUCUCAAGUGGCUCGAUCUGCGCACACCUAGCACGGAGACGCACGAUGGGUGGAAAAAGAUUCUUCUCCGUGCGUUCGACGAGUGGAAAGAGAGUUUCGACAGCGCCGCGGGAGCGAACGACACGUCCGAAGAUCCAGGGCAGCCGUCGAGCUCGAACGGGCCGAUCCAAUCAGCCGCCGUGCUCCAUCAUUUGGCACACAUCAGCCUCCAUGUGGACAUUGUCGAUUGCCAGGUAUACGCCGGAGCCAAAUAUCUCGUCGGUCGCAAAGUCUCCACCCGCGACCACUCCAACGCGGUUGCGCGAAUGCGGACCUGGUCCAACGCCCCGUCAACCCGCCACGCCGUCCUCCACGCCUUCAAGCUCCUAUAUCGUGUCCUCGUCGACCAUAGGGGACCCAAGCGACGGACGAGCAGCUUCGGCUCCCUACCGGAACCCGUGUCGGUCUUUUACUCGUGCCACAGCGAGGCGGACCCCCAUCGGCCGUGGAUCAUGUACUACGCGGCCCUGACGAUUUGGUCCUUUGUGCAGGCGCUGGGUAUACCCAGCAGGAACGCGCCGCCCGGGAGAUAUAGCGAGAUUGCUCGGUACCUGGCGCACUUUGCGAGCUUGGAGGAGCUUACCGACGAAGCGACCCGAGACCUUAACGAGAGGUUGCCGGAACUGCUGGACCUGCUGAAGACGAGAUUGGAGCAGUCUCAUUCGGAGUUGUUGAGGGAAGCCAGUGACAGGCUGAAGGUCUGUCGGGAAAUGCUGAGAUGA